CCAUUACCAAACCUAACUAAAGAUAAAAGAUUAAAAGAGAAAAAAAAGAAAAAGAAAAAGAAAAGAAGCUGAUAGAUUACAUACAGAUAGUGAUAAGAAAUCAGCAAAAUCAUUAUAAAAAAAAUAAAAAUAAAAAAAACAAAGAGGAAAAAGAAACCUCCAUCUCUCUCUUUUUCUCUUUGUACAAAAUUCUAUUUUCUAGAGAAAGGAAAGUCAGAGAAGAGAAGAGAAGAGACUAUCUUGAGACAUUGAAAAUUGGUGUAAAUGAAUCUCUAUAUCCUUAUCCAUUUCAUCUUAUAGAAUCAUUACAAGUUGAAAACACAUACAAGUUCUUCAACUCUUGAAUUCUUGAUUCUUGAUUCUUGAAAGAAAAGAAGGAAAAAAAACAAAGAUAGAAUAUGGAAAGUCCACCAGCAGCAGAAGAGCUAUUAAAGAAGAUCCAAGAAUUAGAAGCAGGGCAAGCACAUCUUAAGGAACAGAUGUCCAAGUUUAAACUAACUAGCGAUCCAGUAUCAGACAGCCAGCUGCACCACCAUCACCACCACCAUCACCAUCACCACCGGCAGCAGCAGCAGCAGCAGCAGCAGCAGAGGUCUCAUUCCAUUUCUCCGCAAAGAACGGGGACUAGGAGGAGUGGAGGUGGUGCUGGUGCUGGUGGCUUUGAGGUAGUCGCAGCUUGGAAGAAAGGUUCGACGUCGUUUAGGCAUUCGUCCCCGUUACAGCGUGAAAGUCGGAGUUCGAGUGCUGAUAAAAUUAAUGCUGCCGUUAAAGAAGAAGGAGGCAAUAAGUGUGGGCCAUCAGCUGUUAAGUUUACUGAUAAACAGUAUUUGAAUAUAUUGCAGUCUAUGGGACAGUCUGUUCAUAUUUUUUAUCUCUCUGGCCGUAUCAUUUAUUGGAACAGAACCGCUGAGAAUCUUUAUGGCUAUUCUUCCGCGGAGGCUCUCGGUCAGGAUGCCAUUGAGUUGCUUGUGGAUCCCAGAGAUUUUGCGGUGGCGAAUAAUAUAGUCCAUCGUGUUGCAAUGGGGGAGAGAUGGACGGGGCAAUUUCCAGUUAAAAAUAAGAUGGGAGAGAGAUUUACAGCUGUUGCAACCAACACUCCCUUCUACGAUGAUGAUGGCACUUUGAUUGGGAUUAUCUGUGUGUCAGGUGAUGUGCGCCCAUUUCAAGAAACAAGAGUUGCAUUGAUAGGUCCAAAGAAUUCAGAAGCUGAUUCAAGUUUUAGUCGGCCAAGAAGUACUGUUACAACAAAACUUGGACUUGAUUCUCAACAGCCUUUGCAAGCAGUAAUAGCUUCUAAAAUAACAAAUUUGGCAUCCAGAGUGAGCAACAAAGUAAAGUCAAAAAUUCGGACGGGAGAUAACAUCAUGGAUCGUGAAGGUGGGAGUGGUGAUAGUCAUCAAUCUGAUCAUGGCUUUUCAGAUGCAGCUCUCUCUGACCACAGGGAAGAUGCAAACUCUAGUGGAGCUAGCACACCUAGAGGUGAUAUACAUCCAUCUCAGUUUGGUACAUUUUCUCAUGUUGAUGAAAAGUCCCCGAUGAAAGCCAUUCGAGAUUCUGGAUAUGAGAGUGAAGGAAAACCUGGAAUUCACAAGAUUAUUACCUCAAAAGCUGAGGCUUGGAUUGGUAAAAAAGGGCUAUCAUGGCCCUGGAAAGGGAUUGAAAGGGAAGGCCCAGAUACAAAGACCUCCCGUUUUGUGUGGCCCUGGUUGCAAAAUGAUCAAGAGAGUGAAUUGCUUCAUCAAAGGAGUCCCCCUGCUGGUGCAAAACCUGAGAGCCAGCUGAAUGAGAGUAAUCGGCCUACCAAUAAUGAGGCCUCCGGAUCCUGGUCUUCCUCAGUCAACGUUAAUAGUACAAGCAGUGCCAGCAGCUGUGGAAGUACCAGUAGUAGUGCUAUUAAUAAGGUGGACAUGGACAUUGACUGCUUGGAUUAUGAAAUAUUAUGGGAAGACUUGACAAUAGGAGAACAAAUUGGGCAAGGUUCUUGCGGCACUGUAUAUCAUGCCCUGUGGUAUGGAUCAGAUGUUGCUGUCAAGGUAUUCUCCAAGCAAGAGUAUUCAGAUGAUGUGAUACUCGCGUUUAGACAAGAGGUAUCUCUUAUGAAAAGGCUUCGGCAUCCCAACGUAUUACUUUUCAUGGGUGCUGUCACUUCACCUCAACGUCUCUGCAUUAUUACAGAGUUCCUUCCACGUGGAAGUUUGUUUCGCUUGCUCCAGAGAAACACAACAAAAUUGGACUGGAGACGUCGCAUUCAUAUGGCAUUAGAUAUAGUACGAGGUAUGAAUUAUCUUCAUCAUUGCAAUCCACCUAUUAUUCAUCGGGAUUUGAAGUCUUCAAAUCUUUUGGUUGAUAAGAAUUGGACUGUAAAGGUUGGUGAUUUUGGUUUAUCCCGUCUAAAGCACGAAACUUAUUUGACAACUAAGACCGGGAAGGGAACGCCUCAAUGGAUGGCACCAGAAGUUCUACGGAAUGAACCAUCAGAUGAAAAGUCUGAUGUAUACAGCUUUGGAGUGAUACUGUGGGAGCUUGCCACUGAGAAGAUCCCUUGGGAUAAUCUCAACUCAAUGCAGGUGAUUGGAGCUGUAGGGUUCAUGAACCAACGGUUGGAGAUCCCCAAGGAUGUGGAUCCACUGUGGGCUUCUAUAAUUGAGAGUUGCUGGCACAGUGAUCCUCAGUGCCGUCCCACGUUCCAGGAACUGCUGGAGAAGCUAAGAGAUCUGCAAAGACAAUACGCAAUUCAAUUCCAAGCAGCCCGUUCCGCAGCUGGGGAUAACACACAAAAGGAAUUAUAGACCAAAAGAUUCUUUAGCUUCUGGCUUUCAUUGAUCGACUCGGCACAGAAAUAGCUUUCUCUUUUCCUUCUCUUGCAAAUAUUUUGUGGCAAUUGCUGGUGAGGAAACGGUUAGCACAGUUGCCCACAGAUUGCCACUAAAAGUUUGUGGUAUUGGCAUAGAAAAACUCACAGCAAGCAGACAAAGAAAGGGAAAAAAGAAACUGAUGUAGUUGGAAUCCACGUGAGCUGCCUAAAGUUUGAUGGUGAUUGGAUGGUUUUGGUGUUUAUUUACUGACAUCAUUAAAAUCUUCGAAAUCCAUCAUCUACGGUGCUGUGAUUGGACUUGUUACGCUGUUUGGGUUCAAUUCCACCAUUAAUGUGCGAGAGAUUUUUAGGACCACUCAGAAAAGUUGUACAGCAAACACAUUUUUUAAUCGAUAAUAUAGAUUGAGAUAUAAUAUCUUACUUUUA